AUGGCACCCCCUGAGGCCCCCGGAGUUCUGGUACCCCCGGCAGCGGAAGCCAUCGUUUCACAUCCGCCCAAAGUUAUCCAGUACCACAUCACGCUAUGGUUAGUGGUGGCGCUUGUAGUAGCGCUGGCGUCUUUCCUGUUUAAAUUUCUGGCGUCGUUUGAGCGCGACGACCCAGUGCUAUACUCCCAGCUGAAUUACGGCACCAACCAGAAAAACAAGUAG